AUGCUGCGUACCCUCACCCUCCUCGCUGCCCUCUGCAUAGUCACUUAUGGCUGCCCCACCAUCCUGACCAAGUCCCAAUGGGGAGGACGUGCCGCCACCUGCCGUACCGCCAUGACCACUCCCGUCACAUAUGUCGUCGUUCACCACACUGAGGGGACUGCCUGCUCCACCCAGUCUGCCUGCACCACCCAAGCCAAGAAUAUACAGAACUACCACAUGAACAGCAAUGGCUGGUGUGACAUUGGAUACAACUUCCUGGUUGGAGAGGAUGGCCUGGUGUACGAGGGCCGUGGCUGGACAUCGGUUGGAGCUCACGCACCUAAUUACAACUCCAACUCCAUCGGCAUCAGUGUCUUUGGUUCCUUCAUGAGCCAUAACCCCAACACCGCCGCCCAGAAUGCCGUGAAGAAUCUCAUCAGUUGUGGGGUCACCAAGGGCUACAUCAAGUCCGCCUACAUCCUGAAGGGACACCGCAAUGUCACCGCCACCGACUGUCCCGGAAACACCUUCUACAGCACCAUCACUACCUGGCCCCGCUUCCAGGCUUAA